CGGGGCAACCCCCAUACCCCCCUGGGCCUCCCCCACCCCAUUGUGGGCCCCCACCAUGCCCAAUGGGACCCCCAGGGUGCCCCCCCCACCCUGGGAUGCCCCCCCCGGGCCCCCCCCACCAUGGGGUGCCCCCCCUCUACCCCCCUGUGCUGGACAAGAAGGCGGCGAAGAAGAUGAAGAAGAAGAUGAAGAAGGCUCACAAGAGGCACAAGGGCUCUUCGUCCUCCUCCUCCUCCUCCUCCAGCAGCGACUCCGAUUGAGGCCACCACCAGGGGCCAGUGGCCACCUCCUGCUGUGGCCACCCCAUGACCACCCCAUGACCACCCCGUGUCCAUCCCGUGUCCAUCCCGUGUGCCCCCGGCCCCCAGGACCACCCGUGUCCAUGGCCAGGCGUGACCAAGCGUGUGCCCAGGACCACCCAGGAGCAUCUCUGACCUCCCAUGACCACCAGCGUGAAGCCGUGACCAACCCGUGGCCACCUGGGACCUGCGUCCAUGACCACCCGUGACCAUGUGGGACCUGCAUCCAUGACCAUGCAUGACCUCAUGGGACCUGCUUCUAUGACCAUGCAUGACCACCCGUGUCCAACCAUGAG